CUUGGUCUCUCAGCAGCAAGGACCUAGAUCCAAGAUGGCGGUGUUAGCAGCAGUGUUGUUGUUGUGUGUGGUCGGUGCAGGAACGUCACCCUUGAGGACAUACGACCAGCGGCAGCAAGGAGAACUGAACAUCCACGCUCAACUGGACAACAUCGUCAUCGUCCUCGUCCCCAGUAGCAACUUCGACCUUCUCGGGCUAAAAGGUAUCAACAGAUUCGGACAGAAACCCAGCAAGGACGAGAUUCUGCAGUUUUUGCAGAAGCCGCAGAAAAACGACAUUGACCGAUACGAGAUCGUCAAAGACGAGAAUGAGAAUGACAUAAAGGAUGCACCGGCUUCAGUGUCAGAGGACGUGCCUAUCGUCCAACAAAGCGAUAAGCACUCCGAGAAGGAUGAAGAAGUAGUUGCUACAGUGGAAGAAAUGAAACCCGAAACUACUGAGAAAGCAACCGAAACUAAAAAAUCGGAUGUCUCUGAAGUUGGUCCCAUUAAAGAGCAUUCGACAGUCAGUGAAUCAAUCAAAGAAUUAGUGCUAAAAGUGUCAGCGUCCGAGAAAUUAAAAAAUGAAGCCCAGGCAAAUAAAGAGAUGCAAUUACCUAUUCCGUCCAAGGAUUUGGAAAUAAAACCUGAAGAACCAUUAAAAAUUCAUAAUGAACAUUCUAAACCCGAUGUAGAUAAGGAACUAGAAGCCAAAAAACACACAUCGGAAGAUAUAGCGGCUAAGAAUAAAGAACCGUCAUCAAAAACAGAAGCUUCUGCUGAUAGCAAAACCUCUUUGACGAAAAAAGAAAAUGACGCCACCCCGGAAACCCCAGUGAAGAAACUUACACUUAAAGACUUAAUCAAACCGAUUGCAGCAAAGGAGGAGGAGGAGAGACAAAGUCCAGCGAAGAUUCCGGAGGAGCCUGUGACUGCGAAGAAGACUUCUAGCCUCGUGGAAGGGUCUCGGAGGGAGAAGGUGAUCAGGUACAAACCGGAGAACAAGUGGGCUCCAGGUCUUGUGGACAUGUUGGCAGCUCCGAGGGCGAAGACCUCCGCCAAGGAUCUGGAGGAGAGGCAGAGGUUUGCAGCCCUGUGCGCCCCUGGGACAUGGGACACCGAGCUGAAGACGUGCAUCAUGCCGGGAGAAACCAGAAGUCGUCACGAGUUGGCGCGGUUUCUGGAGGCCAUGAGGUUCGGCAUCGCUAUCCCCUCGUCCAAGCAGUGAACCUCAACAACGUACUGUUCUGUGUCUGAUGUUCUCUAGUUUAAAAAUGGAAUUAGUAGAACUUUGUGUAUAUUGACUUAGUUAGUGCUGUAAAUUAUUAUUUAUUCGUGCAUAGUCCAAAGCAGUGUUUAUGUUAUUGAUGAUAAAAUGUAUAAUUAGAUUAUAAGAUUAUUUUAUUUGACUGCUAGUAAAGUUUCAUAUAAACCUAACCUGUUUAUAAUAGUUAUUCUUUGCCUUAAAAGUGUGUCUUCAUUCUCAGUUGGUGUACAAUCACAUUACUCACUGAUAUUGGACAUUUGUCCGAUGAACCAGUCACUGCAAUAAGAUUAUCUACUACACAAUAAAUAACUUAUUACUGUUAUAAUAGUAUAACAAUCAAAAAGGUUUAGUAAUAUAUAGUACCUCAUUGGUCUUUUUUGCAAGGCCAACAUUAAGUUUUGAUACCAAGUUAUAUUUUCGAUCCUACUCAACAGCGUUACAACCGGUAAAUUAGUUCAAAAUGUAGAAGCAUGUUUUGAUCAGGUAAACAAUCUAAAUAGAAUUAAUGUAAUUAAUAAAAUUAAUGUAAGAAUUAAAUUUUGUCUAUUUGUGAAUAAAUUAAAGUUUGUGAAAAAAAUCUAAAUAGAUUAAUUUUAUUAAUAGUUUAAGAUUGCAGUGUGAUAAGUGAAAUCCUAAGUAUAGUAUUUAUCGCUAAGAAUGUCAUACUAAGCAGUGUUUACCGUAUGAGACUCUGUAACUGAUGUUUGCGAUGGAUUGUUCUCUGGGUACUUCUCCUCGAGAAAUAGCAAUAUACUUUACUGACUUGUUGUUAACCUACAUUAAAUAUUUUCUUCAUGGAUAUUUUAUUAUUAUGAAAAUGACAAUAAAGUUAUUUAGAUUC